AUGAGAGAGGCACAACAAGGAGAAGCUCACACUUUGAGGUCCCAUGGAAUGACAGUUGCAAGAACUCACAUGCACGACUGGAUCAUACUCGUAUUACUCGUUAUCCUCGAGGGCAUACUCCUUAUAAUCCACCCUUUCUACCGCUUUGUCGGUAAAGACAUGAUGACUGAUCUAAGCUACCCUUUAAAGAGUAACACUGUACCUAUUUGGUCUGUCCCGGUCUAUGCGAUGUUGUUGCCAUUAGUAAUCUUUGUCUGUAUUUACUUCCGAAGAAGAGACGUAUACGAUCUCCAUCAUGCGGUGCUAGGCUUGUUAUACUCUGUUCUGGUGACAGCAGUGCUUACAGAUUCAAUAAAGAAUGCAGUUGGUAGACCACGCCCUGACUUCUUCUGGCGUUGUUUUCCUGAUGGCAAAGCUGUUUAUGAUAGCCUCGGUGAUGUGAUAUGUCAUGGUGAUAAAAGCGUUAUAAGGGAAGGGCAUAAAAGCUUCCCAAGUGGACACACUUCAUGGUCAUUUGCGGGACUAGGAUUCUUGUCACUGUACUUAUCAGGGAAGAUUCGAGCGUUUGACGGUAAAGGACACGUUGCAAAGCUAUGCAUUGUCAUACUCCCUUUGCUAGUUGCAGCUCUUGUUGGUAUAUCCCGUGUAGAUGACUAUUGGCAUCACUGGCAAGACGUCUUUGCUGGAGGCUUGCUAGGUCUUGUGGUCUCUACGUUCUGUUACCUUCAAUUCUUCCCGCCACCAUAUCGCACCGAAGCUUGGGGACCAUAUGCUUACUUCCUAGUGUUGGAAGCGGCACGAGCUCAAGCGCAAGCAGCUGCUGAUGAAGCAGGGCAACGACCACCACAGGGUGAUACCGGUGAAGAGGAAGACGGUGGGUUUAUGGGACUGCAUUUGGUGGAUAAUCCGAGUAUGAGGAGAGUAGAAGAUGAUGUAGAAACUGGUAGAGUGCAGCCUAGAGGCUGA